AGUUCGUGUCGUUUACUUAUACUUCGCGAAUCAACCCUACCCUGAUGUUCUUUCUGAUUGUGCGUCUUCUUGGUAAACAUCACCAUCACCAACCAUCACACUGUUGAGUUCAUUGCGAAAAUUGCGAAUCAUUCUCCAAAUUCUUCAUAACACAAUCGUUUUAGUUUUAGCGGAAUUCUCUUGUUCAGUCUAAUUAUUCAAAUACAUUUUAGUGUUUGGAAAAUAUAAAAUAUUAACUUUCAACAUGAGUAACGUCGCCCUUUUAGAGAUUGAAAGUUUUCAGUCGGAAGUUGAUUCAAGUUACAAAAAGAUUCUAGAUCUUCGUGAAGCAAUGAGUGUUGAAGAUAACUUAUUAAUGAAGUACAAUACGCGAAGUUUACAAGUUUCUAAAAGUAACUGGAAAUUGGACAAAAAAGAAAGUGAUACAUUAGAAAGAUUAAAUUAUACGAAUAAAACAAUGGCUCAUGAUUCAAAAUCGGUAGAAAGUUAUAAAGGGGAUGUAAAAUGUGCAGAGGAAAAAAAGAAGCUAAAAAUAGUUAAAAGCAGAACAGUCAUGAAAGAGAAAAAUGGAAAGAACAAAAAAAAGUUCUUCAACUUUUAUAAAUUCUAUGAUUCAAAGAAUAUUUCUACAAACAUAAGCGAACAUCGUACUCUGAUUGAAAAGAAAAGUAAUGGAUUGAAUAUUACUAAGCAAAAAGAGAAUUCUUGUAAGAAAAAGGGAGGAGAUAUUAUUGGGCAAAACGUCUUUAAUUAUCUUCACAAUGUUUUAUUUUUUGAAGAUAAUAACACUCUUCAAGAAAAUUUACUCACUAAACGAGGAAAUCGAGACUCAACAAUAAAAUUUCGUCAAAACAAAAACAUUAUUGACGAAUUUUCGACUAAAAAACCAGUGGUUGAACUCUAGUGUCUCAUCUCAAUCUAAUUAGAUAUUUUUUUAUAAAAAAAAUAGUUUUAAUAUGUUCCUUUGUAGAACAAGUGAUAAAUGAUUAAAAAUGACUGAUUAAAAAAAUAUGUAAAAUUAUUUUAAUAUUUGUUUCUUAACUGUUGAAAACAGAAAAAUAAAUUUAUUUUCAAAUGUA